AUGGCGUCGUCAACCCCAUAUCUAGACGCCCUACGGCGCGACGGAUUCGUCAAGGUCCCACAGCUCCUGCCACCACACGUCCUCCUGGCCAUGAAGGCAUGUUGCAAGUACACCACCGAGCGUGCCAGGAACGGCAAAUGGCCCUACGUGCGCACUGUGCCCAAGCAAUACCCGCCGUGGCAACACUGGAAACCGGGCGACAACAUCUGGGGCGUGCAGCAUCUACUCCACCCAGACAUGAACGUCCGCGACACGUUUGCCGAGGUCUACUUCUGCGACCAGGUCCUCGACGUGGUCAAAGAGCUCGUUGGGCUCAAGGACGAUCCCGCGGGGGACGAUAAGCUCGUGAUGGAGCUGUUCAAUCUGCUGGUCAGCCCGGCCGACCAGGUAGACUUUGAGCUUUGCUGGCAUCGAGACGAUAUUCGACCCGACGUAGAUCCCGAGGAAGAAGAGCGACAGCUCAAGGAGAAAAGCCCCGACGGUCAACAGUUGCACGCGCAGUAUAACAUUGCGCUUUUUGAAGAUGCAUCUCUUAUUGUGGUACCUGGUAGUCAUCGACGGAUAAGAACCAAGACCGAGAGGGAGGCCGCUCCAUAUGAGCCAAAUCUACCAGGACAACUCCUAGUUGAAUUGCAGCCUGGAGAUGGCGUCUUUUACGACAGCAACAUCCUCCACCGAGGUUCCUACAAGGGCAUCGAUGUGUCCAAGGAGCUGGGCCGGAUGACACUGCACGGAUCCGUGGGAUUGGCUGGACACGGAACCGAGCGUGCGCGACAAGUCCUACAGCACGCAGUGGGGGACUGGGUUGACAGAGCGCACUUCCCGAUGGAGGGGCCAAAGGGUGAGAGAGCGGAAGCCAUGCGGAAAAGAUUGGUGGAGAUGGGUAGUGGGAAGGAUCUCGGAUAUUCCCUCGUGGGAUGA